AGUUCUGUGGUGGAAAUGGAUGUUUGACAGUUUGACAUGUUUACAAAACACAAUUUGUAAUAUUUCUUGUUCUUUUUAAUGGGCCGUGACUUGGUCUUUUAGUGAAUCUCUAUAAUUAAUAACUAUACCUUAAGUUCUAGCCAAGAAUUGGAAAAGUAUGUUACACCAUGGAUGCGAUGUUUGAUAUUUGCUAUUUGUCAUCUGAGGGUACAACUGUUGAGCCCGAUGAUAUUCCUAAGACAAAGGAAAACGUUUGGGUUUUGGGAAAGAAAUAUAGCGCAAUUCAAGAUUUGGACCGUAUAAGACGUGACAUUAGUUCAAUAAUUUGGUGUACGUAUAGAAAAGGGUUUGUUCCAAUAGGAGAUGAAGGGCUUACGUCGGAUAAAGGUUGGGGCUGCAUGUUGCGAUGUGGGCAAAUGGUUCUCGGCGUAGCACUGGUCAGAGUUCACUUGUGUGCUGACUGGGUCUGGAGUCCAGAAACUAGGGACCCAACAUACCUUAAAAUUAUACAGAGAUUUGAAGAGAGAAAGCAAGCACCAUAUUCCAUUCAUCAGGUUGCGUUGAUGGGAGCUAGUGAGGGUAAAGAUGUUGGACAAUGGUUUGGGCCAAAUACAAUAGCACAAGUUUUAAAAAAAUUAGUGGUAUAUGACAAAUGGAGUUCAUUGGUGAUACAUGUGGCUUUAGAUAAUACUGUUGUAAAAGAGGAUAUACUUCAACAAUGUAUUGUUACGAAUGACAGAGGUGACUCAUCAAAGUCAUCAGAAUGUAUGACCGUGUCAGAUUGGAUGCCGCUGUUGUUAAUUGUGCCUCUUAGAUUAGGACUAAGUGAAAUCAAUCCAAUUUAUGUUGAUGGUCUCAAGAUUUGCUUCCAAACAGCACAAUCUGUUGGUGUUAUAGGAGGAAAGCCGAACCAAGCUCUAUAUCUAGUUGGUUGUGUUGGUGAUGAAGUUUUAUAUUUAGACCCUCAUACCACACAAAGAUCAGGACCUGUUGAAAAUAAGUUAACAGAUGAGCAAAAGGAGAUGGAUUGUUCUUAUCACUGCAAAUACGCAUCUCGAAUACCAAUACUUGCUAUGGAUCCAUCAGUAGCUGUUUGUUUCCUUUGCCGCACGAGGAGUGACUUCGAUGAGCUGUGUGUUGUAAUAGAGGAGAGUUUGAUGCGCGAGGCGCAGCCGCUGUUCGAGCUGUGCGCGACGCGGCCGCCGCACUGGGGACCCUCCACUGCCGAUAUAGAUCUACAGAACACUACAUUGUUUACAGAGUUUGAGGAUGUUGACAGACAAUUUGAUGAUUCAGAUGAUGAAUUUGAGAUUAUAUGAAGUAAUUAAAUUCAUUUCUAUACAUGCAUCACAAUUAUUAAAAAAAGAUAUAUUAUUUUAUAUGUAAUAGUUGAUAUGGGUUAUAUUUAAGCAAGUGGCAACAAUAUUGUACCUAGCUUUAAACAUUUUUGUUUUUAAAAAUACUAUGAUAUUAUUUUUUUUCUGUAUUUAAAAUAAAAUGCUUACUGCACUGAUAUUUAGACUGAUACAUUGGCAAACUGCGUAGUGCCUUCUUAAUGUUUAAAAACAUACCAAGCAAAUUAAAUCAAUACUGUCUGUUUUCAUUACCAAUUACUUUUUGUAACAGUUUCGGGGGUAGCUGAGAAACUUCUACAAAAAGACAUUUCUAUCUCUGUUUUUGAAAAAAGAUUGAAUGAGACAGAAAUCUCUUUUUGUAUAGUCUAAUUUAAUGGAAAUGAGAAAUUAUAUUUACUUAUGUUACUGGCUGACAAUUGUUGUCUAUGGAUUUUUUUUUUGUAAAGUUACACUGCUAAAUUAAUUAUACAAACAUGUCUUUGAUAAGUCUGCAAUCAGCCUUUUAUAAAUAAAAUAAUUUAGAUAUAUUUGUUACAAUUUUUUCAUUUCUACUGAAUUUUUCAUAGGUAUGUGUGAACCUCAUACUAGUCACAAUGUAAUUUAACAAAACACAUUUAUAUUUGGUUAUUUAUUAUCACAAAACGAAAUUAUUGAAUGUAUAAAUAUUUGCUCUCUUCGAAUAUACUGUACAAAAAUUUAUUAUAAAUUAAAAACGCCACAAAAUGUUUGGCGAUGUUGUGGAGCAGUUCAGUGCCAAUAAGCCAAACAUAUUGCCAUUAUAGUAAUGUAGAUAGUCUUAUGUACUGUUUAAUUUUAAAAAUAUAUAUUUCAUAACAUAUAACCUAAUUAUUGUAUCUGUCUUACAUUUUUUGGUUAUAAAACCAAAGAUUGUGUUUUAUUUUUAUAAAUAAAAUAUUGAACUCGAA